UAAAUGGGCCGGCGUAAGAUGUGAGCCCAACGAGUCGGAUGGGAGAAUAAUACUAUUAACAUCCACUUUAGAGUAGAGUAGACUUUCUAAUUGUCAGGUUCCCGUCGUUCGUCUUCCUCCUCCGCACUACCUCCGACUUGUUUGAUAGGUUGAGAGAGAAAAGAGAUGGCAGGACAUAGGGUCGCACAUGCCACACUGAAGGGGCCUAGCGUUGUCAAGGAGUUGAUUAUCGGUAUGGCACUCGGUUUAGCUGCUGGUGGUCUUUGGAAGAUGCACCACUGGAACGAACAGAGGAAAACCAGAGCUUUCUAUGACUUGCUUGAGAGAGGUGAGAUCAGUGUUAUUGCCGCAGAAGAGUAAUAAAAGAUGCUCAAAGACUCAUUCUUCAAGACAAAUGGAUGAUUUGGAAUUCUUGGUUUUUUCUUUUUCUGUUUUUAAUAACUCUGAAAUGAGUUUGGAUUUUGUGAGAAAUAAACAAAUCUGUGAAUGAGAUUUGUUAGAUCAUAAACUGAUUCAAUGUAAUGUUGAUACAGACAUAAUAUUUCUUGUUUUGUUUACUUAUCUAAGAAAAUAUUAAAGUGAGUAUUAUGGAACCUUA